GAGUGACAGAGGAGGAGGAGGAGAGAGGAGAGAGAGGAAGGCAGCAUUAGUGGAACAGGUUCUCCCCGGCAUUCACUCCGCCUCAGUCAGCAGACAUGGCCAACUUUGCCGGUACCUGGAAGAUGAAGAGGAGCGAGAAUUUCGACGAACUUCUCAAAGCUUUGGGCGUCAACGCCAUGCUGAGGAAGGUGGCGGUGGCGGCCGCAUCCAAUCCCCACGUGGAGAUCCGGCAGGACGGCGAGCAGUUCUACAUCAAGACGUCCACCACCGUGCGCACCACCGAGAUCAACUUCCACAUCGGCGAGGAGUUUGAUGAGGAGACGGUGGACGGAAAAAAGUGCAAGAGUCUUGCCACCUGGGAGUCGGAGAACAAGAUCAGCUGUCAGCAGACUCUGGUGGACGGGGACGGACCAAAAACCUUUUGGACCCGAGAACUCAACGGCGAUGAGCUGACGCUGGUUUUCGGUGCUGAUGACGUGUUGUGCACUCGCAUUUACGUGCGCGAAUGAGGCUGCGGAAUGGAGCAGACGACUCAUACGGGACCACAGUUCAAAUGUUAACCUGCUAAGUUUUACAGAAUUCCACGCAAGUAGCUUCCACGCACGCUAAUAACUCUCUCUCAUUUUUUUAUCGCACUAUUGUUCAAUC